AUGAACACCUCGAACCAUGCCACCGCCGACCCAGCGCCAGCCUCGAGCUCUCCUGAGACCAUCGAAAGAAAUGAUAACCCACACUCAACAAGCACACAUACAAUCGCAGAGGCAACAGCUGCAAUCGCAGAUCAGGCCACCCAAAAUGAGGCUCAACCUUCAGAUACAUCAUUAGCCAUGGAUGAGGCUACUGCGCUGAAGGGAUUGACGGAGGACGUUCGGGAUCAAGGUGAUCUAGAGAGAGAUAUCACAAAUCAGGCCAACUUGGCGAUGAUCGAGCAAGAAGACGAACGGGACGAGAAACGAAUUUCUAAGGCGAAUGGCAAUAUCGAGAAGCUGGAGGGAGAGAAGCGUAGGAAGAUGCAACGUCUGCAAAACCUUGCGAACAACCCACUGAUGCGCAAGCGAUGCUUGGAGGAGAUCUCACAGAUCAAUACUGAUGUUGCCGCACUCAAGAAAGAUAUAUCCGACAUCCAGAACCGUAUUAACCAGCGACACAAACUUGAUGGAGCGGAGACUGAAGCAGUGGGUGGCAAUAAGCGGAUGCCGAAUGAGAGUCAACGCGACUUUCUCAUUCGGACUGGCAAAAUCACACCCUUCUCGCGCAUUGUUGGUAGAGAUUCUGAUGCAGUUGAGACAAAUCUUACAUCGGUUUUGAUGGAUGCAGAGGAAGAAGCCGAAGCAGAGAAUCAGGAGCAAGUCCCUGAUGUAGAGCCUAGAUCUCACCAGAAUCUACGACUGCCAGGCUUCGCCGAGGCUGAAGCACCUGCAGUCGCCGAGGAGGAAUUUGGGCUACGUCCCCGCAAGAAGAAGAAAUUGAACAACGGAUCUGGCACUUCUACCCCACGGGCCCGGAGAUCAACUCCGGACGAGGAAGGCGACUUCACACCGGAGGUAUCAAGUGGUGAUAUUGAUGAGGAUGAAGAGGAUGACUCCGAUGCCAUUGCCUUCCGGGAAACGAAGAAGCGACGUUCUGGCAAGGCGAAGGCGGAGGAGAAAGUUGACAUUGCGGCUAUCGAUGACGGAAAUGAGCAAAUGUAUCAAGCUCGUCUAAAGAGAUGGGUCGAGAAGAGAAGUGCGGCACGACAGGGCAAGUCUGACCACAAUAACGAGGAUGAAGAGGACGCCACAGUGAACGAUGAAAAAGAAUGGUUCAAGCCUUGUCCAGAUGCCCCUGACCACCAAUUCGACAACGGCAUCAAGCUACCAGGAGAUAUUUAUCCAGCUCUCUUUGACUACCAGAAGACUGGCGUGCAAUGGCUAGGAGAACUCUAUGCCCAGCAAGUCGGUGGCAUCAUUGGUGAUGAAAUGGGACUUGGCAAGACCAUCCAGAUCAUCUCAUUCCUGGCUGGCUUGCAUUAUAGCAAGAAACUCACAAAGCCAAUAAUUGUUGUUGCCCCUGCUACGGUUCUUCGACAAUGGGUCAACGAAUUUCAUCGCUGGUGGCCACCUCUUCGGGUUUCGAUCCUUCACAGUUCAGGAAGCGGAAUGAUGAAUGUUGGUAGCGAGAGCCGGUAUGAGGACGAUGAGGAGAUUGACCGGGGUAACGCGAGACCUAGGUCUUCAAAAGCCGCCAAGAAGAUCGUCGAUAGAGUGGUGCGAUUCGGACAUGUCCUAGUCACAACGUAUGCCGGUCUCCAAACAUAUGCAGAUGUUCUCAUUCCGGUUGAUUGGGAUUACGUCGUUCUGGACGAAGGCCACAAGAUCCGGAAUCCAAACACUACUAUCACAAUCCACUGCAAGGAGCUGCGAACGCCAAACCGAGUGAUUCUCUCGGGUACACCAAUGCAGAACAAUCUGACUGAGCUUUGGUCGCUAUUUGACUUCGUCUUCCCGAUGAAAUUGGGCACCCUCGUCGAUUUUCGCACAUCCUUCGAAGUUCCAAUCAAGCUUGGAGGUUACGCCAAUGCCACUAACUUGCAAGUCCUAACGGCCACAAAGUGUGCAGAGACCUUAAAGUCCAACAUCAGUCCGUACCUGUUACAGAGACUAAAAGUCGAUGUCGCAUCAGACUUGCCAAAGAAGAGCGAACAGGUUUUGUUUUGCAAAUUGACAAAGCCUCAACGAGAGGCAUAUGAGAUGUUCCUAUCUUCGGACGAGAUGACCUCCAUUCUGAGCGGGACACGAAAGUCACUAUACGGCAUUGACAUAUUACGCAAGAUUUGUAACCACCCAGACCUCCUUGACCCUCGUCUACAUGGCAAGCCAGGUUACAAAUGGGGCAAUCCUAACAAAUCUGGAAAGAUGCAAGUCGUCAAAGCUCUUCUCGAGAUGUGGAAGAAAUUUGGACACAAGACCCUUCUCUUCAGUCAAGGUGUACAGAUGCUGAACAUCAUCGAAGAAUUCGUUAAAGGACUUGAUGGUUUCAACUAUCUCCGAAUGGAUGGCGGUACCCCUAUCAAGGACAGGCAGAUUCUUGUUGAUCGCUUCAACAACGAUCCUGAACUUCACGUCUUUCUGCUUACCACGAAGGUUGGUGGUUUGGGUGUCAACCUCACAGGAGCAAAUCGGGUCAUCAUCUUCGAUCCUGAUUGGAAUCCAUCUACGGAUAUCCAAGCUCGAGAGCGUGCCUGGCGUUUAGGUCAGAAAAAGGAAGUCACAAUCUACCGUCUCAUGACUGCAGGUACAAUCGAGGAGAAAAUCUACCAUCGCCAGAUCUUUAAGCAAUUCUUGACCAACAAAAUUUUGAAGGAUCCCACGCAGCGACAAACUUUCCAGAUGAAGGAUCUCUACGAUCUCUUCUCACUUGGUGGCACGGACGAGGGAAUGACAGAAACGGGAGAAAUGUUCAAGGGCACUGAAGUUCAAUUCAGCAAGACUCCUGAACCCGCUGCUCUAGAAGAUAAUGUUGCUGUACAGGCUGCAGGGUCGGCUACCGCUGUUCAGAAUGACGUAGUCUCUCAGGAGGUAGCCCAGGUUACUGAUCGGCAACAAGGAGACACAGAUGCAGAUGUUCGCAAUCUCACUGGCGUUGCCAGUCUUGAAGCAUUCCGUGGUGAUCCAGAAGAAGAGAAGCCAUCCUCUGAUGAAGCCAGACUCAUGGAAGGUAUCUUCGCUCGCUCUGGUGUCCACAGUGCUUUGGAACACGACCAGAUCAUCAACGGAAAGCGCAAGAUCACCGCCGACCGUAACAUGCUCGAGCGAGAGGCCAAAAAGGUCGCUGCCGAAGCCGCAGCUGCUCUCCGUAAAGCUGGUGAACUCGCACAAACCAUCGAACCCGGCACCGUGACUUGGACAGGCGAAUUUGGCACAGCUGGAAGACCAGCAAAUAAUCGUAGAGGUGUUGGUGGUGCUUCGUCCGCCUCUGUGCUUUCCAGUCUUGCGAACAGACAGGGUCUCGCUGCGAAUGGAAGUGCUAGCAGCUCAAGAUCCGGUACUCCUGGUGCUGUCGACAGACCUCGUCCUCCGAAGGACUUCAUGCGCUUGAUUCGUGAUUUCAUUAAGAGACAGGGCGGCUCGGUUCCCAGUCAGGCCUUGGUUAAUCACUUCAACCCGAUGUGCAGAGACGAGCAAGCGACGACUCGGUUCAAGCAUAUGCUUCGUGAGAUUGCUUACAUUGAGGAUGGCGGUAGUAAUCGACGUAUGAGGGGCCGAUGGGUUCUGAAGGAGGAAUUUAAAUAA